GGCUGCUCAAUUUCAGAAGAAAGGAUGUGAGCAUUAUAAGUUGUUGGGCAUCAUAUUCAAUAGAAGUACUGCAACUGGAGUACUUCAUCAUUCCUCUACCCAAGACCCACCAAAUACAGAUGAAGAAAAUGACCUUGAAGAUCAAUACUUUAACACUGGGUUCAUGUAAAUGUUGAUAAGGAUAGUACGGACGAUGAAGUGGAGCACAUCUCACAUAGUGGAACGCGCAAAAUGCCUAUAAAAGAGCAAAAACCCAAGAAAGAGUCUAAAUCAAAUCAAAUGGGAGAUGCACUUGCAGCAUGGACUGAAGCGUCUAAGGUGAGGGCAGUGAUUAAUUUUGCUAGAGCUGAGAAACUUAUGGCUAAGAAUGUGGAGAAUACUCCUGACUAUUCUAUGGCCAAGUGUAUGACUGUUCUUGGAGAGAUUGAAGAUAUUUCAGAUGAUCUUUUUGCAAAAGCCAUAGAAAAUUUUGAGAAGCUUGUGUGGAGAGAAACAUUUCUUACCAUGCCUAGUGAUAGGAGAAAGGGAUGGCUAGUUAAACUUUAAGGCCAAAAUUUGCUUCUUUUUAAGUUAGAUUUUGAAUUUGAUAUACUUUUAGUAUUAUGGUGUAUUUUCGUUAUUAUUUAGACUUGAUUAGUAUGACUGAUUUCAUAAUUUUUUCCAGUAUUAUG